UCUUCUUCGGCUUCUUUCCUCGUUUCCCCUCCCCCUUCUUCCUUUUGAAAGUUUCUUUUUUUUUCCUCCGAGUUUGACCGCAUGGCUGAUUCAACUUCAGUGUCAAUCAACUUUUUUUCCCUCCUCUUCCUCAUUUAAAUAAGUUUAAAGCUCCUCCUCCCCCGGCCCACCAAAUCUGAACUUUAUAAAUUGGGCUUCGCGCGCUGCGGCCGAGGAGAGUCAGAAAGGCGAGGGGCGCCGGGAGCAGGCGUGUGGGACUCCAGACCCGAGAGCCGGAGGCUGCGCCUUCCCCGCACCGAGACCUUCGCGACACACCAGAUCCCCGUCCCUGCCCCGUGCGAGCGCCCAGGAUGACCACCACCCUCGUGUCUGCCACCAUCUUCGACUUGAGCGAAGUUUUAUGCAAGGGUAACAAGAUGCUCAACUACAGUACUCCCAGUGCAGGGGGCUGCCUGCUGGACAGGAAGGCGGUGGGCACCCCUGCCGGUGGGGGCUUCCCCCGGAGGCACUCGGUCACCCUGCCCAGCUCCAAGUUCCACCAGAACCAGCUCCUCAGCAGCCUCAAGGGCGAGCCGGCCCCAGCUCUGAGCUCUCGCGACAGCCGUUUCCGAGACCGCUCUUUCUCAGAAGGGGGCGAGCGGCUGCUGCCCACCCAGAAGCAGCCGGGGAGUGGCCAGGUCAACUCCAGCCGCUACAAGACGGAGCUCUGCCGGCCCUUCGAGGAGAACGGCGCCUGUAAGUACGGGGACAAGUGCCAGUUCGCGCAUGGCAUCCACGAGCUCCGAAGUCUGACCCGUCACCCCAAGUACAAGACGGAGCUGUGCCGCACCUUCCACACCAUCGGCUUUUGCCCAUAUGGGCCCCGCUGCCACUUCAUCCACAACGCCGAGGAGCGCCGCGCCCUGGCCGGGGCCCGGGACCUCUCCGCCGACCGUCCCCGCCUCCAGCAUAGCUUUAGCUUUGCGGGGUUUCCCAGUGCCGCCGCCACCGCCGCUGCCACGGGGCUGCUGGACAGCCCCACGUCCAUCACCCCACCCCCCAUCCUGAGCGCCGAUGACCUCCUGGGCUCACCCACCCUGCCAGAUGGCACCAAUAACCCCUUCGCCUUCUCCAGCCAGGAGCUGGCGAGCCUCUUUGCCCCUAGCAUGGGGCUGCCUGGGGGUGGCUCCCCAACCACCUUCCUCUUCCGGCCCAUGUCCGAGUCCCCUCACAUGUUUGACUCUCCCCCCAGCCCUCAGGAUUCGCUCUCGGACCAGGAGGGCUAUCUGAGCAGCUCCAGCAGUAGCCACAGUGGCUCUGAUUCCCCCACCUUGGACAACUCAAGACGCCUGCCCAUUUUCAGCAGACUUUCCAUCUCAGAUGACUAAACCAGGGUCUACAGGAAGGAAGACUGAAAAAGUGGAUGAAGAUUGUGACAUAAGUGGGACUUUGUGAUUUAAUUUUUUUUCUUUUCUUUUUUUUUUUUAAGUGGGGAGGAUGGGGAAGCUAGAUGGACUAUGAGAGACUUGAUUUUGGUGCUAAAGUUCCCCAGUUCAUAUGUGACAUCUUUAAACAAAAAAAUAACAAAAAAAAUGAGAGAAAAGCUAAAAAAACAUGUAAGGGGUGAGCAGUUAAUGGUAUUCAUUCCACAUACAAUAUCUGUGUAAAACGAUUUCCUGUAGAAGUAGCUUUAAUGGUUUUUGCUCUAGAAUACCGUAGGUCUAUCCUUAGAGCACUCACGCCAUGCUUUUUUCCCUGGGUUUUAAACUUCAUAUAACUUUCAGAAAUUGGAGAGCAAAAAUUUUGCUUGUCACUGCACAUCAAUAUAAAAAAGCUUAUUUAACUUAUCAAAACGUAUUUAUUGCCAAAACUAUGCUUUUUUUUGUUAAUUUUGUUCAUAUUUAUCGGGAUGACAAAUCCAUAGAAUAUAUUCUUUUAUGUUAAAUUAUGAUCUUCAUAUUAAUCUUAAAAUUUUGUGACGUGUCUUUUUCCUUUUUUUUUCCACAGUUUUAAUAUAUUAUUCUUCAACGACAUUUUUUGUAACUUUACACUUUUUUUGGUUAUUUUAUUUUAAAAAAAUGAAAAAUUAAUUUAAAAAAAUGCAAAAAACUGUUGGAUUAUUUAUUUUAGAAAUUUCCCCCCUUUGUGUUGGACUGCAAAUUGAGUUUCUUCUUCUUUAGGCCUUUUCACAGCUAGGACUGAGAAUGUAUGUCAAAGUUCUGUGACAGUACAGAAGGAAAACAACUUUUAUGUAUGGCUUCUAAAAGGGAAAAAAAAAAAAGAAACCCUUUGACUU